AUGGAAGGUUCAUCGAGGAGAAAUGCUGCCGAGGAAGAAACACCCAGGAAAGGAGCAGGUGCAACCAUCCAAAUCACUCCGGAUGAGUUGCAAAGAAUGAUAGAGGAGGCAAGCCGAAAGGCCAUAGUAGAAUAUGAAAGGAGAACAGCGACCCCCCUGGUCAAAGAAACUGCUAGAAGGCAGUUAUUCGAAAACGUGGAGCCAAUAAGAGAAUCAAGAGUCCAAGGGGAGCAUGAUCAUCGCAGUAAGCGACCAGCAUCAUCCGACGCAGGUUCCAGCAGCCAUGGACGCGCAAAAAGAAGAGAGCCGGUUAUAUCCAGGGCCGAAGUGGAAAGCGUGGGCAAACAGAUACACAGCCUGAAUAAACAGAUUGACGAGUUGAAGAAACGGGGGGAGAUCGUCUCGCAGAACAAGAACUCCCCUUUCAGUAAUGAAAUCCUCGUUCAGACUGUCGAGCCGGGGUUUAGAGUGCCCGAUCUGAGGAGAUACGACGGGAUGAGAGACCCCCAGGAGCAUGUGGCCGCCUUCGAAAUGGUGAUGAAUCUUUACGGACAAUCAGCCCCGAUAAUGGCUAAAUUGUUCGCGACCACACUCACGGGAAAGGCACAAGAGUGGUUCACGAACCUACCCCGAGGAAGCAUCGAGUCCUACGAACAGCUCGUGCAAAAGUUCAAUUUCCAUUUCGCGAGCAAAAAGAAGCAAAAGAGGUCGGCUACCCAUCUGUUCAACAUCCGACAGAGAGAGGAUGAGACGUUGAAAAAUUUCAUGGGCCGAUUCAACAACGAGACCCUGGAGGUGCAAGAAUUGAGGAUUGACAUGCUUGUGAGUAUUCUCAUCCAUGGGCUCAGGAAGGGUUCCUUCGCCUCCGCCCUAGCGCGAGAUCCGCCCAUUGAUGUCGAGCAACUGAUGGCGAUAGCACAGAAAUAUAUCGACGAAGAGGAAAUGAAUGCGAUGAAAGAUUCGGAGCGGAGGGAGCGAGAGUAUAUUCCCAGACGACCUCAUGAGGGAAGAGGGGGAGGAAAUGACAAACCAAGAACAGAGAAACGGAAGGAGCCCAAGUACGUGCCAAAAUACCACAACUACACUCCUUUGGCCAUGUCCCGGGAGAAGGCUCUGAUGAUGGUAGAAAAUGCCGACGUGCUGAAAUGGCCUAGACAUACGAGAUACACCCCCACCAAGAAGAUGUCUAACAAGUACUGCCGCUUCCAUCGGGAGAGAGGACACAGCACAGAGGAGUGCUACCAGCUGAAAGAUGAGAUCGAAAGGCUCGUUCGACAAGGGCACUUCCGAGAUCGUGUGCCCCCAAAUUGUAAGAUCGGAGGGGGAGGAAGGAGGAGUAGAUCGAGAAGCCCGGACCGAGACAGAAACCCGGGCCCAUCAAGGAUCGAUAGACCCCCGGCAGGUGGGAACAACGCACCCACAAAAGGCGUCAUAUACACAAUAGCGGGAGGAUCGACUGCGGGAGAUUCGGGUCGAACACGGAAGAGAUGCGCCCGAACAGCCGGAUCGACGAGACAGAAGGAAUUCGUGCUGAAGGUGGAGGGCGAAGAGGCCAUCUCAUUUAAUAGCUCAGACCGAUUGGAGGAUGGGGGAGAACAGAACGACCCCAUGGUCAUCAAGCUCGAUAUCGCGAACUUCACCGUCCAUAAAGUGUUGAUUGAUAGCGGAAGCUCAGCGGACAUAAUUUUCAAAAAUGUCGUGGACCGGAUGGUGCUGGAAAAUGCGAGGCUCGAACCAGUAAAGACUCCGCUGGUCGGCUUUGGAGGAAGCGAAGUGGCUUCAUUGGGGACGAUCGAGCUGCCAGUGUCCAUGGGCGAAGAGCCGAAGAGGAAAACGCUGAUGGUAAAAUUCCUAGUGGUCGAUACCCCGUUCACGUACAAUGUCAUACUGGGUCGGCCGGGGUUGAAUUCAUUCCGGGCGGUUAUCUCCACAUACCAUAUGAAGAUGAAAUUCCCCACUGAAUAUGGAAUCGGGGAAGUGUGGUGCGACCAAAAGGAAGCUCGUAAAUGCUAUAACUUGUCGAUAAAAGCGGAGCCGAGGUCGAAGAAACAGAAGGUCAGGGAGGACGCGGAGCCCCGACCAUAUGAGGCUGAACACUUAAAACCCAGUGAGGAAUAUAAGGCUAUUCAGCUCGCAACAGACGACCCCAGCAAGACGACCAGGAUAGGGUCCAGCAUGAAAGAGGGAGAGAUGGCCAUGAUUGAUUUCCUGCGGAACAACGCAGACAUGUUCGCAUGGAGCCCAUCGGAUUUCACUGGGAUAGACACGGAGGUCAUUGUACACCGACUAAACGUAGACCCCACCGUUCGACCUGUGCAGCAGAGGAAGAGAACUUUCAGCAGUGACAAAAAUGAUGCUAUCAGGCAGGAGGUCGAUAAGCUACUAAAAGCUAGAUAUAUAUCGGAAAUCCAGUACACGAAUUGGCUUUCCAAUGUAGUACUUGUCCCAAAGGCCUCAGGAAAAUGGCGCAUGUGUGUGGAUUUCACGGACCUGAACAAGGCUUGCCCUAAAGACCCAUAUCCGCUACCUCGGAUCGAUACCAUGGUGGAUUCGACUGCUGGAUUCGAACUCUUUUCGAUGAUGGAUGCAUACCAAGGAUAUCACCAGAUCCAACUGGCGGAAGAAGAUAGAGACAAAACCUCCUUCGUCACAGAUAAGGGGAUUUAUUGCUAUAACAUGAUGCCGUUCGGACUGAAAAAUGCCGGUGCAACCUACCAACGAUUGGUUAACAAGAUGUUCGGCGAUCUGCUCGGAAAAACCAUGGAGGUAUACGUCGACGACAUGCUGGUCAAGAGUAAGAGGUCACAAGAUCACAUUAAAGAUCUCUCUCAGGCAUUCAGUAUAAUGAGGUCGCACGGGAUGAAGCUUAACCCGGACAAAUGCACAUUUGGAGUGACAGGUGGGAAGUUUUUGGGGUACAUGAUCAGCGAGCGAGGGAUAGAGGCGAAUCCAGAAAAAAUUCAAGCUAUAAUGAACCUGAGAUCACCCAAUUCGGUCAAAGAAGUGCAGAAGCUCACGGGAAAGAUCGCAUCCUUGAGCAGGUUUAUAUCUAGAUCGGUCGACAAAAGCUUACCGUUUUUCAAGGUCUUGCGGAAGCCCAAAAAUUUCGCGUGGACAUCGGAAUGCGAUCAGGCCUUACAGGAGUUAAAGAAAUACCUCACAAAACCCCCACUGCUCGCAAACCCGAAGGAAGGGGAGACUUUAUUCUUGUACCUAGGGGUGUCCGAAAAUGCGGUCAGCUCAGUGCGGGUGAGAGAGGAGGCCAGUAAUCAAAAUCCGGUGUAUUAUGUUAGCAAAAUGCUCCAGGGGGCCGAAUCCCGAUACUCGGAGAUGGAAAAACUGGCCCUGGCCCUAAUUGUUACAGCUCGAAAACUGCGACCAUACUUCCAGGCACACAAGGUGGUGGUAUUGACGAACCACCCUCUUAAACACGUGAUGUCGCGACCCGAGGCGUCAGGAAGACUAAUCAAAUGGGCAGUAGAACUGGGACAGCACGACAUUGAGUACCAACCCAGAACGGCUCAGAAAGCACAGGUACUGGCGGAUUUUGUGACGGAGUUAAUGAGCGACCUAGAACGACCCGAAGCAUGUGAACAACCUUGUUCGAAAUGGAUGCUGCAUGUCGAUGGGUCUUCCAACGCGAAUAACGGAGGAGCGGGCAUAUUGAUCCAAGGACCCGAGGGCAUCGAGAUAGAAGUGGCUGCUCGACUAUCAUUCCCGGUAACGAACAAUGAGGCAGAAUACGAGGCAUUGGUAUUAGGGCUGGAGCUAGCGUAUGAGGCAGGCGCUCGCGAUCUGGAGGUUUUCACCGACUCACAGCUGAUCGCUAUGCGAAUUGAAGGAGCAUACGAGACAAGGGAGAGAACCAUGACACAGUACAAAGAGAUUGCGCAGCGAUUGAUGAGAAAAUUUAGUGGAUGCUCGCUUUCACAAGUUCCCCGAACAGAAAACGACAAAGCGGAUGCCCUGUCAAAAUUUGGUGCGGCGAUGGACGGAAUUCGGGAUCGCAAAAUCACGGCCCUAGUACGCGAGCAGUCAGCCCUCGCAGGUAGAUCAGAAAUCCAGGUCGUUUCGACGACAGGGUCUUGGAUGAACGAAAUCGUAAGUUACCUUGAGGAGGGUACCUUGCCUAGCGACUCGGUGGCGGCCAAAAGACUCAAGUUUCGGGCUGCUCGAUUCACACUGUUGGGGGGCCAGCUGUACAAGAGGACGGUGGACGGUCCUCUCUUGAAAUGCUUGGACGAAGAGAGGGCCAUGUACGUGAUGCGGGAAAUACACGAAGGAAGCUGCGGUAAUCAUUCGGGAGCGAGAUCGCUAGCUCAGAAGGUGAUGCGGCAAGGGUAUUUCUGGCCCAUCCUGGUCGAAGAUUCCAAGAACUUGGUGAGGAAAUGCGAGAGUUGCCAGAAGUACGCUUCUUUGAUACAUCAGCCGGCAACGCCGAUGGAACCGAUCAAGAUAGCAUGCCCGUUCGACCAAUGGGGAAUUGACAUCGUAGGACCUUUUCCGCCUGCACAAGCCCAGAAGAAAUUCAUCAUCGUAGCGGUCGAAUAUUUCUCCAAGUGGGUCGAAGCCGAAGCAGUAGCCAAAAUCUCGGAGAGGGAAGUCAUCAACUUCAUUUGGAAAAAUAUUAUAUGCAGAUUUGGUAUACCCCGGAUACUAAUAUCUGAUAACGGCACGCAGUUCCAGGGCAGGAAAAUUACGGAAUGGUGCAAGGAGCUGAAGAUAGCGCAACACUUCACAGCAGUUGCAAACCCUCAAGCGAACGGGCAGACCGAAGUGACGAACCGAACGAUCUUGCAACAUUUGAAGACUCGCCUUGAGAGCAAGGGGUCGUGGGUCGACGAACUGCCCGGGGUCCUGUGGGCCUAUCGCACGACACCGCGAACCGCCACGGGUGAGACUCCCUUCUGCUUGGUGUACGGGACCGAAGCCAUCAUCCCAGCCGAAAUUGGGGAGGAAUCGCAAAGAGUCAUGCAAUACGAACCCGAGGCGAACCGAGCCGAACGAAGCUUCGACCUCACCGUCAUCGAAGAAAAAAGAGAGGCUGCAUAUGCCCGAAUCCUACAUCACAAGGGCCUAAUGAUGAAGAGCCAUGAUCGUAAAAUUCGACCCCGCCAGCUGCAGGUAGGAGAUCUCGUGCUGAAGAAGGUGGAGGCGUCAAAACAUGUAGGAAAGCUGGAGCCACACUGGGAAGGCCCUUACAAAGUGAUCGAGAUCAGAAAGAAGGGUACAUACAGAUUGCAAGACAUGCAGGGUCGCGAUCUACCACGCCCUUGGAACAUACAAAACUUGAAGAAGUUCUACGCCUGA